AUGACCGCUGCCGCCUUAACCUCACCCCUUGACGUUCUAAAGACACGACUCCAAUCAGAUUUCUACCAAGCACAAUUAAAAGAGCUUCACUCCAAACACCCACUGCCGCAAAAGACCACACUUCUCUCUCUACCUCGUUCGGCAUAUUUCCACCUGGCCGAAACUGUACAAAUUUUACGAUCGAUAUACCAGCACGAAGGGUUCCGGGCGCUUUUCCGCGGGUUGGGUGCAAACCUGGUGGGCGUAGUUCCCGCCCGAAGCAUUAAUUUUUACGUCUACGGCAACGGAAAGAGGAUUCUCAACGACUACUUCAACCCCGAAGGACGGGAAAAUGUCUGGAGCAUUCAUCUUGCCGCGGCAGCCACGGCGGGUAUCGUGACGGGGACGGCGACGAAUCCAAUCUGGUUGGUCAAGACGAGAUUACAACUGGACAAGAACAAUGCGAGCCAUGAUCCCACCCGUGGUCGGCAGUACAAGAACAGCUGGGACUGUAUCAAGCAGACGGUUCGACACGAGGGCAUUAGGGGUCUGUACCGCGGCUUGACCGCCUCAUACCUAGGCGUCACCGAGUCUACCCUGCAAUGGGUCAUGUACGAACGGAUGAAGCUGGCCCUGGCAAGACGUGAGGCCAAACGAUUAGCCACCCCAGGAUACCAGCAGACCUGGGUCGACAAUACAGAAGAAUGGGCCGGCAAAUUUACCGCCGCUGCAGGCGCCAAACUGGUCGCCGCAGUCAUUACCUACCCCCACGAAGUCGUGAGGACACGCUUACGACAGGCACCGACGAUGAUCACCGAAGACGGUAAAGUCACCGUCAAGUACACCGGUCUGAUUCAGUGUUUCAAAACCGUGGCCAAGGAGGAGGGUCUGGCUGGCCUUUAUGGUGGCAUGACGCCGCAUUUGCUGAGAGUGGUACCCAGCGCGGCCAUCAUGUUUGGAAUGUAA